AUGGGUAAUGGACAACAGAAAUGCUACCACAAGCGUGGACUCGAAUAUGCUAGCUAUCAUAGUUCAAUCGAACCGACUGAUCACGAGAUUGCUCAAUUAACCCAGCGGCGAAUGAGGGACUGGCCAUGCAGUGAGAACGACAAGCAAACAUGUGAACAGUUGCUUGCGGGCUCCCAGUGCCUGAUCGACGCACUCAACAUUGGGAAGACUAAUUGCUACAGCGAUGGCGACAGUAAUAGUGAUAGUGACAGUGACAGCACCAUCUCCCUCAACAUCCCUCAGGAUCACCUGGGACUGGCUGUCUUCUCCAUGCUCUGCUGCUUUUGGCCAAUGGGAAUUGCUGCAUUUUAUUUAUCACAGAAGACCAGCAAAGCCACAGCCAAAGGGGAUUAUCGGCAGGCCAGCUCAGCCUCCAGGAAAGCUCUGUGCACAGCCGUCUGCUCCAUUGCCCUUGGGGUCUGUACAUAUAUCGGAGGCGUGGUGGCCCUGGCUGUAUACAGGUCAAAGAAUGGUCACUCGUAG